AUGCUGAACUUAUUGAUACUGGUUCUUUCUAUAUCUGAGGCUCUCAAUAUUGCUUGCAACUGAAAUAAAUGCAAUCAAAUCACUGUAAACCUUAACUCCCCCCUCCGUGAGUGAACAAAAAAAUUUUGUUCACUCAUUAAUUUUUUUUUUGUAAAAAAAUUUAUAUAUAAAUUUUAUAGAAAAUUUGUUUAUUUUGAAAUUUAAAAAAAUCCUAAUUCGUUAAAAUUGGAAAAGCAAAUAUUAAUUUAAUUUAUAAAAUUUAUGUCUUAAAAAGCAAUUUGUUUAAAAUUAAAACAGAAUUAGCUCUAGAUUUCAUUCUAAUAAUUAUCACUUAUUUAUCAAAUUUUUUUUUCCAUAAAAAAUUUUUUUCUAUUAAAAAAUUUUCUGUUCACUCACGGAGGGUGGGUUUUUGGGCAAAAAUAGCAAUUUUUCUAAUCGUUUUGUUCACUCACGGAGGGGGGAGUAAGUAGAUUGGGGAUGGAUCGUGUAAUAUCGAAUGCAUGACGCCUUCUUGCAGCUUUGAUGCUGCAUUCCCAGAGCUUGCUCAUGAAUCUUUGCCAGGCGAAUCAGAUUGCUAUGAAUCUUGUCUUAAAACGAACUGUACAAGCAUCUUAUUGGGAAAUAGGAUCUGUGAUGAAAUUUGUAAUAAUGCUUAUUGCGGAUACGAUUUUGGGGAUUGUAGUUAUUGUGGACCUUCAUGUAUCUUAUAAACACUUAUUUCUAUCUAUUAUAUUAUAAUUAAUGCUAGAUUUAGGUUCCAUCUAAAAUAGUAUAUAUAAUAUAUAGGCCAACAAGAUCAAUUAGGAGGCUAUUGCGAUUUUGAGUGCAAUGUCCCUGAAUGCUACUACGAUGCAAACAAUUGCAAAGAGUGCUCACCUGGAUGUACUGCAGCUAUUUGAGGAAACGAUGUCUGCAAUCAAGAAUGUGACAAUUCUGCUUGCAACUUUGACAAUGGGGAUUGCUUAAAUUCAACAUGUUCGCCAAACUGCAACACGUGAAUGAUAGGAAACGGGAUUUGUGAUGAAGCUUGCUAUACAGAAGAAUGCGAGUAUGAUAAAACUGACUGUUAUUGCGUUCCUAAUUGUUUCGAUUGAAUGCUUGGCGAUGGAGUGUGUGAUGAAGCUUGCAACAAUUUAAUAUGUGAUUUUGAUGAUGGAGACUGUGGAUAUUGCGCUUCAGGGUGCACUUUGAAAAUGCUAGCAAAUGAUAUUUGUGAUCCAGCUUGCAAUACGAAAGAGUGCGAAUGAGACUACUAUCAUUGCGGAUGUGCUGAGGGGUGCAGUAAAGAUGAUUAUGGAAAUUGUAAGCCAGAGUGUCUGGUAGGAUCUUGCAACUAUGAUCGAAUGAGUCCAGAUCCUAAUAGUUGGUGCUAUUACCAGGAAUUAAUUUUAUUUACAGUUUAUCAGCAGAUGAUUAUGAAUGAUACAAACUAUGUUGUAUCCAUUGAGAAAUGCUACUUACUCUUCUAUUGUUAAAUGAAAUAUAGUGAGAAUCUAUUCAGGAAAUUGCCUUUAGGAAUAGUUUUAUAAUAUUUUGUGUCUAAUAUUUAAUUUCAUACUAAGCAUUAAUUGCAAUUAUUUGCUCAUUAUAGGAAGUAGACAGUUAGCAAGUAAUUAUGAAUGUAGUCUUCGAAAAGCUAUAGAUCCUUAUAAUUGCUACCAUGAAUGCUAUAUUCCUGAAUGCAAUUACGGAUCAUGCAACUCCACAAACUAUUGAAACUGUUUGAACUAUUUCCCUAUCGAUGCCUGAAAUAUUUGCGAGUUUUGCACUGAUAUAGAUAAGCCUUUUGGAGAGUUCUGCAACCAAUGCUUUGGCACUGAUAGUUCCUGCAAGAAUUUAAAUUUGUUUGGGCUAUCAUUAAGUUUUAUAAACGAAGCUUCUCUUUUUACUAAAUUUCCUCAUCUCUCCUUUUAUUAUGCAUCAUCAAUCUUAAAUGAAAAUGUGCCUGAAGACGGAAGCUAUCUUUACCCUUUCCAAUCCAUCUCAGCAGCAUUUCGUAAAAUACAAACCUGAAAUAAUGUCCUGUAUUUAUUUAAUGAUGGAAUUUAUAUAAUGGGCUAUGGUGGAGUUUGGACGAACUUUAAAAUACUAUCAUUUGAUGGCAGCAAGGUCACGAUAAAAAAUGAUUUAUGAGUCUAUGCCUGGCAAGUUUCAAAAAAUUUUGAGCUCGAGAAUUUAAUAUUUGAUGGAAAAGAUGAUAGCUAUUGCCAAAGCUCAACUUAUUGCUCUUAUUGCCCUUAUACAGCUUAUAACGAAAAUGAUGGGUAUUAUUAUAGCGAUAGAAAUGAACGUAUAGAUGGAAAUUUGCCCUUAGCCAUUUGCAAUUGGGAAUUGAACACGCCUCAAGCAAGUUACGCUCUUAUUUAUAAUCUAGAGGACGCCCCUAAAACUAAAAUUAGGAACACCAAAUUUAUAAACUUCAGGAACGAAUUAUCGAGUAUCCUUUCAUUUAUAGGAAACUUGAAGCUAUUUAAUGUAGAUUUUGAUAAUAUACAUCUCAAUCCUUUUGAAACUGGAGGUAUAGUUUCGAUAAUCCCCAGUCACGUAAAGCCUAAAUUGUUAUAGAAUAAAAUGGAAGAUGGGCAAGUGCCUCUAUCACUUUUUGAAGAAGGCCUUAGGUGUGGGGAUAUCCUCCGAAGAAGUAAGAUUUGUUUCUCCCCCGAAGGCUUUCUUUGUUUUUGCCAGAAAGGCUAGACAGGUUUUGUAUCCCAAUUAGUCUUUACUAAUCGUGACUAGCAGGGCAUCUGCAAGAGGUAGCUCUAAGAUAGAUCUAAUUCUAAGUAAAUUGAGCUUACACCAGAUAACCAGGUUAGUGUUUAUCCCUUAUAAUCUAUCCGAUUGUGGCCUUAUGGCAUUUAACUUAAUUAAGUAAAAUUCUUAUAUAUAGGAGGAAAAGUUUCAAGGCUUAAUAACGGCUAUGAAUUCUGGGAUCCUUUAAAUUUCAAAGGAUUUUUAUAUGCUAAAAACACAACUUCUGUUUUAAUAAGAAACAUUGAAUUCACAUAUAACAUGAUUUACCAAAAAAAGCCUACCUACUUCUCUCAGGCUUCCCUUAUUUAUAUUGAAUCAGCAGAUUUUAUUGAAAUUGGAAACUGUAGUUUUAAAUAUAAUUACUGCGAGACAGGGAUUUUUAAUGCUCAAAUGAAUGUUUUGAAAUAUAUGCAAAGCUUAAAUGGGUCACACCAUAUGACUUAUCUUGAAAAAGAUCAUAUUCAUAUCUACGAUUGCAAAUUUAUAUCGAAUUAUGGGAAUGAGACACUAAUCAGGAUUAACUUUAUUAAUUAUCUUUUGAAUGUUCAUAUGGAAAAUUUAUCGUUUGAACUUAAUGGAGCUGAAAAUAACGCUUUGGUGUGAAUUGAUAAUGCUUUUAUUUUAGAUGAAUAUAAAGUAGCAACAGUUAAACAAUAUAGGCAGCCUUUCGGUAAAAAUAUUAUGGCUAUUUUUGGGCCAAGAUGAUGCAAAUUUAACAACGUAAAUUUUACUAGUAAUCAUGGACCUGGUCUACUUAACGCAACUAAUAUGGUCAAUUUUGAAUUGAAAAAUUUGAAUAUUGAUUCAAAUGGAUCUUUAAACCCUGAUAAAGACCUCAAUGUCCUUUUGCUUGAUUACUUCAUUCAAAAUGAAGAUAUAUAUUUAAAAUGAAGACAGCAAGAACCAAAAAUUCUUGAUUGCCAAUUUGCAGUUUCUAUAUUAAAUUCUUACAAUUUAAACAUUGUACCUCUUUCAAUGAAAAAUAAUAUUUGUAGAAAUUCCUCUCCAACUUAUAAAAUUCUUAACUCUGGCACUCAUGAAAUAGAUUCCAUUGAAUGCUUAUCAAAUAGAGGAAACAGUAUUUUUGCAAUAUGCUUCUUAUUUACUGGAAAUUAUACUAGGAUUUUAAUAAAUUCAACAUUUGAAGAAAAUGAGAAUAAUAAUAUUUUAGGAAGUGGGGCUGUCCAAGUGCUAGAUGGAAGCAGUUUAUAUGUGAAUAAUUGCACUUUUAUAAAUAAUAUAGGGAAUUAUGGAGCAGCAAUUAAUCAAAACAGCCAAAAUUUGUCUAUUAAUUCAACAAUUUUUGAUUCAAAUACUUCACCAAAUGGAUUUGGGGGUGCAAUAUAUAGUAAAGCCAAUUUAAGGGCAAGUAAAAAUUUGUUGUAUAUCUCCUCAAGCAUUUUCAGAAGGAAUCAUGCUUACUAUGGAGGAUCUAUUUAUAUCACUCAGCAAUGGUCAUCGCCCUUAAAUAUUGAAAUUGAUAUUGAAGACUCAUCUUUUUUUAAAAAUUCUGCAUCAUAUGGUUCUGCUAUUUUUAUUGAUGAUGAAGUAUUUUUAACUGAUCUUUCAUCAAUCAAAUUAUCAAAAUUUGAAGAAAAUUAUUCAAUAAUAUCAGGGGCUAUAUCAUUACAUUAUAAUGGAGGCUUACUGGCACUAAAAUCAUGCGAUUUUAUUAGAAAUUCUGGAAAAUCGAGUGCUGUUUUGUAUAUUGGUAUAUUGAAUUCUACUAUUUCUUUAGAUUCUUGCUCUUUACUUUAUAAUGAAGGAGGCUCAUCUAUCCUCUCAGAUGAUCAACAUAAAUUUUCGAAUAUUGAAACGAAAAAUUGCAAUUUUUCAUAUAACAAAGGUUCAGUUUUUGCUCUAAACAAUAAUAAACUCUCUGACGAAAAUUCAAUUUUUGUUCAAAACUCAGCUCUUAGCGGUUCUUGCCUUAAUUUAGAGAAUUCCGCUAUUGCAAUUUCAAAAUUAACACUUUACUUGAAUAAUAAAAGCUCUAAGAAGGGUGGUGCAGUUAAGUUUUUUUCAAAAUCGCAAUUCUAUUGCAGCUAUUGCAAUUUUACUUCAAAUUUAUCUCAAGAUGGAGGAGCUGUUUAUUUGGAUCAAGAUUCUCAUUUUUCAAUCUCGAAUUCUAUUUUUUAUAAUAAUUCUUGUGAAAAUGAUGGUGCUGCUAUAUAUAUAUUUAGCUCAUCCAUAGAAUCAGUGCUUAACUACAGUCAAAUUUAUGAAAAUAUUUCAAAAAAUAAAGGAUCAAUUGUUGCAAUGAGUUCUAAAUUAUUAAUAAUUGCUUCAAAGGUAUACAAAAAUAAAGGUGGAAUUGAGCAAGCACUUUCAAAUUUAAAUAUAAUAGACUCUCAAUUUUAUAGUCAAACAUGCUAUCAAGGUUGUUUCAUUUAUUCAGCAAUGGAAAGCAGCAUUUCUAUCAAAAAUUCGACAUUCUCUGAUGGAGUUGCAACCAACUCUGGAGGAGCAAUAUAUUCAACAUCAGGCAAUUUAACGAUAGAUUCCUCUCUUUUUCGCCAAUUUUCCUCACACUCAAUAGGUGGAUCAAUUUAUUCAUCAUAUGAUAGUCUCGUAAAGAUAAAAAAAUCCUCAUUUUCAGAAUCGUAUAGUGCAGAAGGAGGAGGUGUUAUAGACUCAUACCAAACAUCACUAAGUAUUGAACAUUCUAGCUUUCAUAGCUACUCAAAGACUGGGAUAUUCGGCACGAGUUUAAAAGAGGUGGAAAUUCUAUAUUCAUUAUUCAGUAAUGGAAAUGGGAUUUCAGGCGGAGCCAUUUAUUGUCAUACUUGCUCUAAAAUUAAAAUUGACUCAAGUAUAUUUGUGAAUAAUAGCGCUUUAUUAUAUGGUGGAGCUUUAUAUUUUGAUAGUAAUUGAGGAGAAGCUAGUAUAAAUACUUAUUCAAUUGAGAGGAGUUCUUUUGUAAACAACUCAGCGAGAAAUGGUGGAGGAAUAUAUGCAAAUAAUGCAGCCUUAUUUAUAUAUUUAUCUGAUUUUACAGAAAAUCAAGCGUUAACAAACGAGAGUUUUAUUUAUGCUCCUGUAACUGAAGGAAAAGGUGGAGCAAUUAAAGUUGGAUGCUUGGACUUACCAAAAUGCGAACUUGAGAUUAAAUCAUGCAGCUUUAUAGAAAACAUUGCAAGUUAUAAUGGAGGAGCAAUAAACUGGGAUGACUGAAACCCAGUGCUAGAUGACAAUUUAUACCAAGAUAAUUGAGCGCAAUAUGGAAACGACUUAGCUUCAUACCCUGCAAAACUAAUGAUUAUAAAUGAAAGUGAUAGAAAAUUAGUUGAUAUAUCACAAAUGUCAGGCAUUGCUCCAGGAAAAAGAAAUAAAAAUCCUCUGUUGGUUGGUUUAAUUGAUGUUACAAACCAAACUAUUACAACUGACAAUAUCAGCUUUGCAGAACUCAAAAGUGAAAACUUAAGUACAAUUAUAGCAGGAGCUACUAAAAUAAAGGCAUCAAAUGGAAUCUUCAAUUUCUCUGAAUAUGUGAUCUCAGAUAAACCAGGAUCAAGCAUCAUAAUACAAAUUUUUUCUUCUGCAAUUGACAAUAAUAAAAAUCAAAAAGUGAGCCAACCAAUUUAUAAUCAAAGUUUAUAUAUUAAUGCAAAUUUAAGACAUUGUGAGAUUGGGGAGGUUAACAGUGGAAAAAUUUGUGAAGCAUGUGGAUAUGGGUAUUACAGUUUAAGCCUAAAUAGCACUAAAUGUUUGGUUUGUCCAAAUUCAGAAGCUAAUUGCUAUGGAAAUUAUACUAUAUCACCAAAAGCUGGAUAUUGGAGAGAUAAUAUGUAUACUGAUAAAUUUUGAAAAUGCCCUAAUCCUUCUGCUUGCUUACUCCCCCUCGUGAGCAAACAACAAAAUUUUGUUCGCUCUUUUUUUAAAUUUAAAAAAUUCCAAUUUGGAAAAAUUGAGAAGCAAAAAUUAAUUUAAUUUGCGAAAUUUAUGUUUUAAAAUGCAAACUGUUUAAAAUUAAACAGAAUUAGCUAGAGAUUUCGCUAUAAUAAUUAUCAUUUAUAUAUCAAAAUCUUUUUUAUAAAAAAUUUUUGUUUGCUCACGGAGGGGGAGAAGUUAGGCUCUCCAAAUCUAAAUAAUUUAUCUUUUACUGGCCUAUGCAGAGCUGGAUAUAAAGGUAAUAUGUGUCAAUCCUGUGAGUCUAACUUUGCUCACUCAAGCCAUGAUACUUGCAAUGAAUGCCCAUCAACUUUAAGAAAUGUGCUCAUUUUAAUAGCACUUACAGUAGUUUUAAUCUUACUUGCUUUUGUUUUGGUCAAGUCUGCAAGAAAAUCAGCUUUAAAACCAAAAAAUCAUGCCUCUAUCUAUUUCAAGAUAUUUUUAAAUUAUUUGCAGUUAAGCCAGCUUACAUCUGUUUUUGAUUUAAAUUGGCCAAAUAAAAUUAGGCAAAUAUAUCGUAUACAAUCCAGUACAGACUAUGCUUAUCAGCAGUUUUGAUCACUUGAAUGUCUCCUCCAAAGUAGCUUUUCUCAAAGCUACACAUACAUGCUGAGCCUUCUCAUUACUGCAAUGAUACCAUUUUUUAUGGGGCUUUUUGCAUUUCUUUUCUGGAUUUUUAUUAAGCUCAAGAAAAAAUCAUUUACCACUUUUUGAGAUGACUAUAUAUCAACUUUCAUUGUUUUACUAUUUUUAGUGCAUCCAAGUACCGUCAGAAAAAUGCUUGCUUCAUUUAAUUGCAAAGAAAUUAAUCCUGGUGAAUAUUGACUAGUUGAAAAUCUCGAUAUAAGAUGCUGAGAUUAUGAUCAUAUGUUUUCUGUUAUGACUAUUUCAUUGCCAACUAUAUUUAUAUGAGGAAUUUUAUUUCCUUCUAUUUGUUUAAUAAAUCUCUCAAGAAAUAGAAAGAUUUUGAAUAACUUAAGAGUGAGACUGAGAUAUGGUUUUCUUUUCAAUGGGUACCAAAAUAGGCUUUAUUAUUGGGAAUUUAUCAUAAUGUAUAGCAAAGUUAUUUUAAUUUGUUGCUCUGUGUUUUUAGUAAACAUCUCUACAAAGAUGCAAGCCAUUAUUGCAGCAAUUUUAUUGACUAUAUUUUUACAAAUGCAAUAUUCAAAUAAUCCCUAUACAGAUUCAGGCUUAAACCAAGCGGAAUUGAGGGCAAAGCUUGUAUUAGUUAUCACAAUAUAUAGCGGAUUAUAUUAUUUAAUGGGGUCAUUAAAUGAUAGUGCCAGUAUAUUUUUCAUUGCAAUUAUUAUAGCUUCGAAUUCUUACUUUUUGAUUUAUUUAUCCUAUAAAAUAAUCAAAGUCAUAAUCGAUUAUCUGAAGAAAAAUUAA